AUGCCACUCGCACCCACCCUGCACCCCGCAUACCUCUCUCCCACUCUCCACCAUCCCUCCCACUCUCCACCAUCCCUCCCACUCUCCACCAUCCGUCCCACAUCUCUCCCCCCUUCCUCCCCCUCUCACCAGGUGGAGCACACGAUCCAGUGGGGCGUGGGCCUCCUGGGCAUCCAUCUGGCGCGCGUGCCCAAGAUGACUUUGACAUGUCUCACAACCCACUCCCCGCCUCUCUUCCCUUCCUCACGCCAGGUGGAGCACAAGAUCCAGUCGGGUGCAGGCCCACUGGACAUCCACCUGGCGCGCGUGCCCAAGAUGAUUCCCCUCCUGCGCUCCCUCUGGUGCCCCUCCGCCCUCCUCGUCUCCUUCAAGCUGGAGACGGACAGCAGCAUUCUGCUCAGCAAGGCGCGCUCAGCCCUGCAGAAGAACCAGGUGCAUGCGGUGGUGGCCAAUGAGCUGCUGACACGUGGCAGUAAGGUGGUGCUGGUGACGGAAGAGGGGGAGGAGGUGAUAGAGCGGGGCGAGGGGGGGGUUGAGGGGAAGGGGGCAGUUGGAGAUGUGGAGGAGCCACUGGUGAAGCUGCUAGCAGCCAUGCACCACACGCACUGCCAGCGGGAUCGAUAG